AUGGAGGAGUGGGACGUCCCACAGAUGAAGAAAGAGGUAGAGAGCCUCAAGUACCAGCUGGCCUUCAAGAGAGAGAUGUCUUCCAAGAGCAUCCCCGAGCUGCUGAAGUGGAUUGAGGACGGGAUCCCCAAGGACCCCUUUCUGAACCCCGACCUGAUGAAGAACAACCCCUGGGUGGAGAAGGCCAAGUGUGCCAUCCUGUGAGCGCGGUUUGAGCAGCGCGCUGCGGGUUUAUAAAGACUUCUCCCUGUGUCUGUGUCUGCGUCUGCGUACACUGG